AUGAGCUCGCAACCCUUGAAGCCUCGCCGAACCUCGUCUGUGGUUGACCCGUACGCUGCGCCGCACAUCUACUAUGGCGAGAGUCACUCGCAAAAACAUCCCAGGGCAAGAACCUACUCGGCUAACGUAGACCAAUCCACCCGCAAUGCCCCGUUGAGCGAGGGUAUUCCUGCUGGCCGCCGCACCAGUCACGAUGAGGCUUCACUGCAGCCGCGCCGCUUCAAGAUCAACGUCGACGAGACCCUCGCCCAGCUUCUCGCCCGUGAGGAUUCUGACCAAAACUACCAAAUCACCAUUGAAGACAAGGGCCCCAAGACGCUAUCUCUCGGUACUCUGGGCUCCAAUGCUUUCAAAAAGCACGAUGUCCGCGGCACCUACAUGCUCUCCAACUUGCUCCAGGAGCUCACCCUUGCCAAGGACUACGGCCGCAAGACCAUUGUCCUCGACGAAUCGCGCCUCAAUGAAAACCCUGUGAACCGCCUCAGCCGCCUCAUCCAGUUUUCCUUUUGGGAUGGCCUGACACGCCGUAUCGAUGGCUCCAACAUUGCCAAGGUCGCCGUCGACCCCAAGGACUGGACCGACGAUCCACAUCCUCGUGUAUACAUUCCCCAGGGCGCUCCCGAGCAGUAUGAGUACUAUACGCGCAUUGCCCGCGAGCACCCCGAUAUGCGUCUUGAAGUCAUCUGGCUGCCAAAGAAUUGCGACGACCCUACGUAUGUGCGCGACCUCAACAAGGCCCCUGGUUUGCUUGCCAUUGCCAUGGAAGAAUGGAUUGACCCUGAAACCAACAAGAAAGACUUGAGGGGGCUGCCUUUCGUGGUGCCGGGUGGCCGCUUCAACGAGAUCUAUGGGUGGGACAGCUACAUGUGUUCCCUCGGCCUGCUUGUCAACGAUCGCGUCGACUUGGUCAAGUCCAUGGUUACCCAUUUCUGCUUCUGCAUCAAGCAUUACAACAAGAUUCUCAACGCAAACCGCACAUACUAUCUCUGCCGCUCCCAGCCACCUUUUCUUACCGACAUGGCCCUGCGCUGCUAUGAACGCAUCAAGCAUGAACCGGGUGCGCUCGACUUUCUGCGCGAGGCCAUUCUUGCUGCCAUCAAGGAGUACAACUCAGUCUGGAUGAGCCCGCCUCGUUAUGAUCCCGAGACUGGCUUGACCAGGUACCGACCCACUGGCUUGGGCGUGCCUCCGGAGACGGAAGCCACCCAUUUUGAGCACAUCUUGCAGCCGUAUGCUGACAAACAUGGCAUGACUUUCCACGAGUUUGUUGACGCGUACAACUACCAACGCGUGCACGAGCCCGAAUUGGAUGAUUAUUUCCUGCAUGACCGUGCCGUGCGCGAGUCUGGUCACGAUACUUCCUACCGUCUUGAGAAGGUUGCUGCAGAUCUUGCGGUCGUCGACAUCAACGCCCUGCUAUACAAGUACGAAGUUGAUAUUGGCCGAUGCAUUCGCAAUCAUUUCGGAGACAGGCUUGAGAUUCCAGCAGAAUUCUGCACAGGCGAUAUGAAGCCUGGUCAUAUUGAGAAUUCUGCAGCAUGGGAGCGUCGCGCUAGAAAGCGACGUGUCCAGGUCGACAAGUAUCUCUGGGACGAGGAAGCCGGCAUGUAUUUUGACUACAACACGGUCAAGCGUGAACGUACAGGCUACGAAAGUGCCACUACGUUCUGGCCAAUGUGGUCCGGACUUGCCACGCCUCGCCAAGCUAGUAUCCUUGUCGAAAAAGCUUUACCUAAGCUUGAAGCCUUUGGUGGGCUUGUUUCGGGUUCGGAAAGAUCGCGUGGCGAGGUCGGUAUUGACCGCCCUAACCGACAAUGGGACUACCCCUUUGGUUGGGCUCCACAACAGAUGCUCGCUUGGGUUGGUAUGCAGCGGUAUGGCUAUGAUGUUGAAGCUCAGCGUCUGGCCUACCGCUGGCUUUUCAUGGUCACCAAGGCUUUUGUCGACUUCAACGGUGUUGUUGUUGAAAAGUAUGACGUUACAAGGAAGGUGGACCCGCACAAGGUCGAGGCUGAAUAUGGUAACCAGGGCAGUGACUUUAAGGGCGUUCCCCGCGAAGGUUUCGGAUGGGUCAACGCAAGUUAUGUCUAUGGCCUCACGCUCCUUAGCGCACACCAGCGUCGUGCUCUCGGUGCUCUAACCGACUGGGACACGUAUGCCAAGGCCAUGACCGACCUGGGCAUGAUGUAG